AUGGAUGAUUCCCAAGGCAAACCGAUGGAUAUGGUCGAUUUCUUGACCAUGAAAGACAUUAUAUCUGAAGCUGGAUCGUUGUUGACGUCUGCAGAGAAGCGGCGACGGUCUACUCUCCUCGAGGCAGUGCAGGGUUCAAGUGCAUUGCAGGAUGCUGUUAAGCGUGCAUAUGAACAGAAGAGGCACCAUCAAUUUGAGGAUCAAGAUAUUCAACUGAAACGAGGCCAAUUCACUGAAAAUCCUACACCACAGAAGGCCGACUUUGAGGACUGGUCUGUUGCGAUGUAUGUGGUCAAGCUGUAUCCACAAUGCAAAGGUGCAACUCAAUGGGAUUCCAUGGCGUUGAAUAGUGGAGUUCACGGAAACGUAUCAACCUAUCAGUUAAACAUUCCCAAUAUCGAUGUGAUGGUUGAUGGGAAGUUAAUGCCUCACAGACCUGCAGUCCUUGCUGCUACUAUUGCUAUUACUAUCAUUGGCCCUAGCAAAUUGCCAGUGAAAUCUUUGCCGUCCAUCCUCACAGUUAAUUGCCGUUGCAUUAAGGAUGCAUUACUGUUUUUGAAGCACAAAAAUCAACUCUACAGUGAUAUCACAAUUUGUGAAGCCAAUCUGGCUUUGUUGCCAGAGGACGGUUUUCCCGAUGAGCUGUUGUCUAAUGAGAGAGAGCAGGAUACGUUAUUGAUGGUCUUGACUUGGAUGAUAAUGUGUACAGAUCUCCAUUCUACUUUUGAAACAUUUGAUUUGAUGACAAGUACAGCGGAGGACGAAGGGGAAGUCAAAGGUCACAUUAAUUCUCAUGUUAUUCCAAUUCAAACACAUGGAGUUAUAGAUGCAGAGGCUUCCCUGUUGUCAAAUCAAGAUGUUCUUGCAAACACUUUUGCCAACAUGUCUAGCCUGGGAUCAUACUCUGUUCAGCAUGGUUCUGGGUUGUCAAUGAUCUUCGGCGUCAUUCAAAAGCGACAGGUGAAGAAGAAAGCCUUUCACGAUAAUGAGGCAUCAUUCGCACGUCUACCUCCUCAAGAUCUUGUUACUGCGGCUCAAGAGGAGGCUAAAAAGGAAGCUCCCUCUAAUCCUACUAUACGUGCAUUGAAGAAGCACAUCAGUGCUGGCAUUUUUGGAGUGGUUGAAGGAUAUAUUGGUGCCAUGGAGGCUCAAGGACGAGGAACAUUACACCUGCAUAUGCUUUUAUGGAUACGAGGUUCUCUUACUGUGGGGGAAAUGAAAAAACAUCUACAAUCAGCCAAAUUCCGGUCUCGCAUUGCGGCAUACAUCGCAUCCAACAUCCGAGCUCAUCACGACCAUAUCACAGAAGAAUCUUUGGCGACCAUUCCUCAUGAAAAGGCAGUGUCCUACUCUCGGCCACUCGAUCCUCGUCAAUCGUUGUUUGCAAGAAAUCACUUUGCUGUAGAAGGUCGACUAGCUUGCGCAGUUCAAAUCCACAAGUGUGGUCUAGGGUGCCUUAAAGUUUCUGGUGGUCGUAUGCUGUGUAAAAGACACACACCAUUCCCACUCGCUCCUGAUGCAUGGAUAGAUUCCAAUGGCGAUUGGGGACCCCAUCAAAGUUAUUGUUUCUUGAAUAAUUGGAAUCUGACAAUUCUUCUGGCAACAUGCUCUAAUCAUGAUAUUAAACUUAUUACCAAUGGGGACGGCACGAAACACAUUGCAUGGUACAUUUCUUCCUAUGCAGCAAAAUGCCAGCAGCAUUCUUGUAACGCCUCGGCACUUCUUGCAAAAAUUUUUGUGUACCAUCGUCAGGAUGAAGCACACAAUAGUGAUGUUCAGACUUUGAACAAACACCUCAUACAGCGCUGCGCGAAUGCGCUUAGUCAGGAACAAGAGUUUAGUGCUCCGGAAGUCAUGUCAUAUUUGAUGGGUUGGGGUGACAGAUAUAUAUCUCACCAUUUCCAGACCAUUUACUGGUCUUCUGUGGUGAGUCUGUUGAAGCGCACAUUCACUUUUUUGAGAAGUCCACAUAAAAGUAGUUCUUCUGCCAAAGGAUUGAUGGUCCAAGUAGAUACUAUGAGCCCUCGAAGCAAAUAUGUUACUGUUGAAAUGCACGACAGCUCACUUCAAAUCUGCGAUCAACUACAUGAAUACGUUGAUCGAGGCUCUGCUCUUGAGGCCUUUAGCUAUCUUGAAUUUUUUCUCAAUACGUAUGACAUACGGUCCGAUAUCGAUAUCCCUGAAGUGUAUAAAAAGGCAGGCACUGGUGUUCGAGUUCCUUACACGGCCGGAUCCACUCAUUCUAGUCAUAUUCAGGUACUUCGUGAAGAAGGACAUGAAACAAUGCCUCAUAUACCUGGUCCAUGGUUUCCUCAUUCCAAUGAUCCUGAAUCUUACCCAUUAUAUUGCACAUCCAUGCUGGUGCUACUCAAACCUUGGAUGGAUGUAACUACUUUGAAGCAGACAGAUGAAACUUUCGAGACGGCAUUCAAGUGCUUUAUAUCCAGCGCCCCAAAAGAAGUUCAGACUAUUGUCGAUAAUAUCCAAUAUUUUCACAAUUGCUCAGAUCAGGCGAAACGGGAGCAAGAAAACAUCCAGCGACUCAUGAUUAUAUCUUUGCUGCUGUUGCAGAGGGUGAACAUAUUGACGAUAGCUAUGAAGAGGCAGAAUUGGAUGGUCGCGAUGAACAUUGCCAAUGAAUUUAAUUUUUUCGCUUUGGAUACCAAUCCUUCCAAUCAUGUUUCUGGAUCUAUCACUCCCAUUGCGAUGGAGGAGAACUUACAGAACUGCCUGUUGUGGCAAAAAUAUAUUGCAGAAGCAGAUUUAUUUAGGGAGCAGCCUUCGCGUGCACCUGCCAGUGCUUCUAGCACUGUUGAACCUUUCAAUGGUGUUGCCAAAGAUAAUCCAUCUGCAAUGCUAACCGCGAAAUCCCUCAACCACGACCCUCUUCUAUCCCCUGUUCCACUGCCGAGUUAUUUAAAUGAGGAACAGUCCAUGGCUUUCACUAUUGUCGCAGAACAUGUCCAUCAACUUCUUCUCGGCAACAAUCCUUCACAGCUUCUUAUGGUUGUUCAUGGUCAAGCUGGAACCGGCAAAACUCGUUUACUCGAAGCUAUAACUGAUAUGUUUGAGACUGUUGGUAGUUCCGAGCGAUUCGCAAAAACAGCUCUGUCAGGGGUAGCUGCUUGUCAAAUUGGCGGUAAAACAUUACAUUCUUGGGGCACUCUUCCCACUGGCAAGGGAAUGCCUUGUACCGACUCUUGGAUAUUUUGUCCUAGUGUGGAGACAUCAAGGCAAAUUCGCAUCACUGAUCCAACAUGGGUCGAUAUUCUUGAUCACACCAGAAUUGGCGCAUGUACAAAUGACGACCUUACUGAAAUCUGGCAAUUGGUAUUAACCUCAGAAGACUGUUCCGUUCCCAAUUUCACAAAUGUGAGGGAGGAUCCAAUUUCAGUAGAGGCUAUUGCUGAACGCAAGGUUUUCUUGCACUACCCACCAGCAAUGGUUAUUCUGGAACUGGACUUCUGCAAGCUACCUCCAUUACCAGGCUUUCAUCCUUGCCACGUACCAUUAACUCCAGUGCAGUACAAAUUCUCUAUUGGCUCCUCACCGGUGACCCGAAUCACACAACAUCAAUUGCCAUUAGUGCCUGCCUAUGCAUUUACAGAUUUCAAAUCUCAAGGCCAGACCAUUGAAUACGUGUUGGUUGAUAUCGAAGCCAUGGACGCGAAUCAAUAA